CGGCCAGGCAGUUCUCUCUUUCUCACUGAGAGAGUCACUCCAUCAGAGAGUGGCUGUGUGCUGGCAUCCAAGAGGUCAGAGCUGAGGAUGGGGAGAAUCUCGGGGACCCAGAAGACCAUGCCCUGCCUGAAAGCCUGGCCUGAAGGCCCAAAGGACCUGCCCUAACACAGCCCUGGCAGCUGCCUGGUGAUUCCUACUUCAGCCUCUCUCUGCACAAGCAGCUUCUCAACAUGAGAAACGGUCUCCACUUGACCUUCCUGUGUCUGAGCCUCUUCGCUGGAAGGAUGUGCAGUCAGGGGAAUCAGUUCAACGUGGAGGUCGGCAGAAGUGACAAGCUCUCCCUGCCUGGCUUUGAGAAUCUCACUGUAGGAUAUAACAAAUUUCUCAGGCCCAAUUUUGGCGGAGAACCAGUUCAGAUAGCCUUGACUCUGGACAUUGCAAGUAUUUCUAGUAUUUCAGAGAGUAACAUGGACUACACAGCCACCAUCUACCUCAGACAGCGCUGGACGGACCCGCGGCUGGUGUUUGAAGGUAACAAGAGCGUCACUCUGGAUGCCCGCCUUGUGGAGUUCCUCUGGGUGCCGGACACGUACAUAGUGGAGUCCAAGAAAUCCUUCCUCCAUGAGGUCACGGUGGGAAACAGGCUCAUCCGCCUCUUCUCCAAUGGCACCGUCCUAUAUGCUCUCAGAAUCACGACGACCGUUGCCUGUAACAUGGACCUGUCUAAAUACCCCAUGGACACACAGACAUGCCAGUUGCAACUGGAAAGCUGGGGUUAUGAUGGAAACGACGUGGAGUUCAGCUGGCUGAGAGGCAACGACUCUGUGCGUGGGCUGGAGAAUCUGCGGCUAGCUCAGUACACCAUCGAGCAGUAUUUCACCUUAGUCACCAGAUCGCAACAGGAAACAGGAAAUUAUACACGAUUGGUCCUGCAAUUUGAGCUUCGGAGGAAUGUCCUGUAUUUCAUUUUGGAAACCUAUGUUCCUUCUACUUUCCUGGUGGUGUUAUCCUGGGUUUCGUUUUGGAUCUCUCUAGAUUCUGUUCCUGCAAGAACCUGCAUUGGAGUGACCACUGUAUUGUCAAUGACCACACUGAUGAUUGGGUCCCGGACUUCUCUUCCCAACACCAACUGCUUCAUAAAGGCCAUCGACGUGUACCUGGGGAUCUGCUUUAGUUUCGUGUUUGGGGCCCUGCUGGAGUACGCGGUUGCCCACUACAGCUCCUUACAGCAGAUGGCAGCCAAAGAUAGGGGGAUGCCAAAGGAAGUGGAAGAAGUCAAUAUUACUAACAUCAUCAACAGCUCCAUCUCCAGCUUCAAACGGAAGAUCAGCUUUGCCACCAUUGAGAUUUCUGGCGAAAACGUUGACUACAGCAACUUGACUAUGAAAACCAGUGACAAGUUCAAGUUUGUCUUUCGAGAUAAGAUGGGCAGGAUUGUUGAUUAUUUCACAAUUCAAAACCCCAGUAAUGUUGAUCGUUAUUCCAAGCUACUAUUUCCUUUGAUUUUUAUGCUAGCCAACGUAUUUUACUGGGCCUACUACAUGUAUUUUUAAGAGUAUGUGGAAUUGUUUGCAUGCCAUAGGUCUUCAACAAAACAAGGGAAUGAUGGAAAUGAUAUUCUAAGCCAAGUAUGCACCCUAACCCAAUGAUGCUACAAAUGACUAAAAUAACAAUUUAGCAUUUUUCCUCAAAUAAUGGACCCCCAACCAUUAUUUAAGCUGUGUAGAAGUCCCAGCAUGACAGAGUCUUGUAAUAGAAACAUCAAUCCAUUCCUUUUUGUAUCUUUACAAGAGACAUCCCCAUGGAGCCUGAUUACAAACCUACUCAGGGUUGGCUGACUGCUCAGCAGCUCCCUGGUCUGCAUUUAUCUCAUAUAAAAACUGAGAAAGAGGCCAUUACAUGUGUUGAGUAACCCUCAAGUAUCAGGGGUUAUUUCUAAAUUAAUCAUACAUGCUAUUUAUUAAAUCUCUGCAGUGCUCACAAAAUGCAUUGUUGCCUAUUUAGGGAGUAACCUUUUCUAAUUUUGGUUUUUGAUUAAAAUGAAAUGUGGGCCUAAGUCCAUUCACUGGAAGGCACUGUACUAACUCAAUACCAAGAUGAGUUUUUAUACAGUACUUAAUACCACAGCAGAACCAUCCCCAAAUUCCAAUAAGUCCUACCACUGAAAAGGCAAAUGCAAGUGAAGAAAAUUUUAGUGGAUCAAUAAUCUCAGUUUGGAUUCCCCAAACUGGAAGGGGCUUUAACUCCCAAUUUUGCACGUCUAAUCUUUUUGCUGUUACACUCCCGCCAAUCCUAAACAGUGCUGAAGCCCUCUCCUCAUAUCAGGAAAUGAAAUGGAAGAUUUUUUGUUUGUUUGUUUGUUUUUACUUAUUCUAGGAGUCUCUAUAUGGACUGUUGCCAUCAAGACUUGCAGCACUGAGUCCUUUGCUAUCUGCUGCUUUUUCCCAGCAGCAGACCAGACCGCCUGCAUCCUUCCAAGAGGAGCUUUUCUCCCUAUGCUCUAAUGACCAGGAAUGAUGCUUGUUAGACAACGAGUUCCAUUUCCCAGGAACAAGCGGCUCAGCACUAGUAAGCUUGGCCAUGCGCAUGUCCCUGACAUUCUGAGCUGGGCUGCUUUGCGUGGCUUAUCCUGCAUGAGCAGGAGAAGGCUGACCCCGUGUCCUGAACUUUCUGAGUAACAGCCGGACUUGAUACAGAACAUACGUUCAGGCUGCAGGUGAGCUGUCCUUUCUAAGUCCAGCCUCUCUCACCCUAAAAUGAAAAGCACAAACGUGCAUCUCUCCUUGCUCUUUGAUCAAGCUCCGCCAUCGGCACCAUAAAUGGCGAUCUGUGAUGGCGCCAUGAUAAAGGCUUCCAGGUCAGCCGCAACCACUUAAAGAAUCUUGCCAUCUUUAAUUCUUUAGCUUCCUUUUCUAAUAAACAUAUGUCUUUUAAUCUUCCCUCCCGAAAUAAACUAGGGCUUUGGAAGAUCAUCUUUCUUCUCUAAGCCCCUGUGCCAUAGGCUGUCAUUCUUUUCCCCAUUAUGAUACUUCUCACAAUUCAGUUUCUAUGGCUUUGAUAACCUCAGCCUUUGACAAAAUGUUUCUAAUGGGAAUGGAGGGAUUAAAAGAAGUGGAAUAUGGCUGUAUGGUUCAGUUAUAUUUGUGAUUUUAAAACAUAGGUUUAAAAGAAAAUAUCUUCUCUGAAACCCCCUUCAAGCAUUAUAUAAAGAAAACUGUAAAUAUAUGAAGUUGUGGAAAUAAAUAUACCAUAUUAGUUACCCACCAAAUCAAGUGGUCAUCUAUAGAAUGAGUAUUGUUAAGAUCCCAUUUGGAAAAGGAAUAAAUUAUAGGACAAACCCACUGGGCUCACACUCUCCCAUCCUCAUGUUCGCCCCCACCCCAGACAGUACACAUAUACAUUCACACACACACACACACACACACACACACACACACACACACCCCUACUAUUUACUACCAAGGAAGAUAAACUCAGGUGACAUAGUCAAUGCCCUUCUUUGACAUCACCACACGACUGCACUUGCUUUGCAGUUAAGCAACUAUGCGUGGUGAUAUUGAAAGCUCUAAUUCUCAGAUAUGUCAGAUUCUCUUUCACAUCUUCUUUAUUGUUUUGCAAUUCUCUUUUGGUUAAAUAAUAUUUUCAUAGUUUCAUAAUACACUUUGCAAAAAAAAAAGUUUGGAUUUUGUAUUACUCUGAACUUUAUGUAGGCUACAGCAUUGUAGUUCUCAGUAAAAACUCAUAUUCUGUAUGUGUCCCAUAUAUCCUACCCACCAAGAUCAGUCCCAGGACUGAUUUAUUCAAAAUAUUUAUUUCUGGGGUCAAAAUAUCAAGACUAACCUCUUGAUAAAAUGGGACUUCCCAAAGACAUGACUCUAGGUAGGGUUGAGACUAUUCUUAGUCAUGGAAAUUCAAUUCUUAAUUACCUUGAUAUUAAGAAUAUCAAUAUUCUCAAUAUAGGAAGUCAUAUAGAAGCAGGAAGACAUUCAACAACAAGUAAAUGACAGAGGUUUAAUUUCAAAUGAAAGACACGGGUGAAAUGGAGAAGUGAGCAUAGCAGAAAAGAGCUAGUGAUUACAGUAGACCAGUAGACAGCCCGGGGGAAAUACUAUUAGGGAAAAAGUACAGUAUGGGCUUCCAGUGCCAGGUAAGUGAUAAUCUGUAGUUAGGGAGAGUUUGACAACCAGGAUUGAGACGUGGCCCUUCAAUGAUGGAAAGUAUUCUUAUACAUACAUACGUACAGAGCAGUUCUCAGCUGCUGGCCCGCAGUUAAUUUUGAUCAGUCCGUAAUACAUUUCCUGCAAAAAAAAAAAAUCCUAGCUUCUUAAUAUAUGUUUUUAAAUUAUAUGUAUAUAAAUUAAAUGUAGU